AUCAAUUAAUUACUAUUAAUAAUAAUCAUAUUAUUAUUAUGGGAAGAUCUCCAUGUUGUGAUGAAAUUGGGCUGAAGAAAGGGCCAUGGACCCCAGAAGAAGAUCAGAAGCUUAUCAAUUACAUCCACAAACAUGGCCAUGGCAGUUGGAGAGCUCUUCCUAAACUUGCAGGUUUGAACAGAUGUGGGAAAAGCUGUAGGUUAAGGUGGACAAAUUAUCUAAGGCCGGAUAUCAAAAGAGGCAAAUUUACGCCCGAGGAAGAACAAACAAUUCUUAACCUCCAUGCUAUCCUUGGUAACAAGUGGUCAGCAAUUGCAAACCAUCUACCAGGAAGAACAGACAAUGAAAUCAAGAAUUUCUGGAACACACACUUGAAGAAGAAGCUAAUUCAAAUGGGUUUUGACCCGAUGACCCACCGCCCUCGAACCGACAUAUUUUCAAGCUUGCCUCACCUCAUAGCCUUAGCAAACCUCAAGGAUUUAGUGGACAACAACAACAACUCUUGCUGGGAAGAACAACAAUCAAUUAGACUUCAAACUGAGGUUGCUAAACUUCAAUACUUACAAUAUCUUCUUCAACCACCUAAUAAUUAUCCCAUGCCUAACCUAGACAUGGACACCCUUAAUCUUUUGAACUCCCUCCCCUCUGCAUUUUCCACCAAGGAUUAUGGUGAUUUGGAUAGUCCAAACCCGUUCGAUGGUAUCCGUGAUCACUUGCCGGGUCUAAAAACCCUAGAAACACCAGCUAAUAAUUUCGUAACAAGUGAUAAUCAAGUUCAAGAUCAAGUUUGUGAAUAUACAGUUUUAAGCCAUGGGGAGAAUUCAUCAACUUCUCCUUGGCUUCCUUCUUCUCCGUCACCACCGCCACCUCCGGUUACCACCAUCGCUACCGCCACCGCCACCUCGGCCCAACAACUAGUAGAUUGUUGCACCACCCCUACUACUACUUGUACUAGUGGCUUCUGGCCUGAUCAUCUCCUCCUUGACGACUCCUUGUUUAACGAUAUUCCAUAGUACGUAAUUAUUAUUUAAUUUGGUAAAUUUUAUAGAGUAUUUAUUUUUCAUACAUAUAUAUGCUGAGUACUGUGAAAAAUUAAGGGUUUGUACUAUAUUUGCACCGUACCCUUAUACGUACACUUUUGAACUAUUAUGAUCACCAUAUUGAUGAUGUCAUCAUGCUACCGUAUACAUGCUUGGUAAUAUGGAUUAUGGAAAUACUUCUGUUUUAUUUUUAUCGUUUAAUGGAUUAUGGUGUAACGUCGUAGUACGUAUUACUUACAGUUUAGAGUC